AUGUGUGCAACAAAGAUAAAAGCUGCAGCUUUUGAUCAAAGAAUGGAUAAUACUACUCAGAAGAGCUUAUCAAACACCUUUCAAAUGGGACCUUUCAUCAACAGAUCCACAACUUUGAAGAUCUUUGAUAUUGGUCCUGUUCAGAAACACUCAACCCAGUUGGAGAAUGGUAUGCCAAUUAUUCUAAAGCAAGUUACUAUUCAAAAUUUUAUUGUAGCUGCUUCUAUAUCUGGUGCUGAGUCAACCCCUAGUGGACCAAUUCGUACCACAAACUCAUCUAGGAGAUUCAAAACUGUUGUUAUCCUAAAUACCAGCUCAAUCAUCACUAGAGAAACAGUCAACACUGCUGAACAAGAUGCUCUAGCAAAUCUCAAGAGAAAUAUUAAUCCCAGAGAUGAUUUACGGAAACGUACUAGAGCCAACUCUAGCUUGGCUAGUCUAGUGGUUAUCCCUGAAGAACAAACCUCUACUGAACCUGAUUAUGCUCAAUUGUGUACUCCAAUCACCAAUUUGGGAGAACUUCCAGCUAUCGAUCUUUCUACAUGCUCUCUCAACACCCAACCAAUUUUCAAUUCCUUUGGGAGCUACAACGUACCUGCUGAUAAUUCCUCAGAUAACAAUGAUGUAUGCAACAAUUCCCAUCUCAAUGCUGCUAGCUCUAGUCUCAAUUCCUCCCAAAGUGAUUUUCAAAGUGGUAACGGAAACAAUACCUCUCUUGGUGGUGGAUAUGACUCUACCACUCAGAUCUUUCCUAAAUUCUGUGUAAAUAAUCUCCCUAGGGACUCUUCUGACCAUUGCCCCAUGCAUAUAGGUUUUAACUAUGAGGAUACUUGCAUGCCUAGACCUUUCCAUUUUAUGGCUAUGUGGAUUGAGGAUCCAACCUGCAGAGACAUUAUAACAAAUUCCUGGUCUGUUAAUGUUGUAGGAUCUCCAACCUAUAAAUUAAGAGCUAAGAUUCUUAGUACUAAAAAAGGCCUUAGAGAUUGGAACAAAUCUUCCUUUGGUAAUAUUCAAACUGAUAUAUCUACCAUCAGGAAAGAAUUGUUAGAUUUACAUAUUUCUGAUCCUAGUGAUUCUACUACUUCUGCUAGACUUAAAGCCAGACUAGAGUACCUCUACAAUAUAGAAGAACUCUACUGGAAAGACAAGUCUAGAGAGGUAUGGCUCUUGGAAGGGGACAGAAACACAUCCUAUUUUCAUAGAGUCACUCUCUUCAAGAGAAAGAGAAAUGCUAUCAGUUGGAUCAAGGAUUCCUCCAAUACUAUCCUAACAGAUAGAGAUAGUAUUGGAAAUUCUUUCAUAGAUUAUUUGAAAAAUCUUUAUUCUUCUCAACCUCGUCAAUUUCAGGAUGAAAUUUUGAAUGAUCUUCCUGUUAAAAUUUCUGCUGCGGAUAAUGAUACCUUAAAUCUUCCCCUCACUGCUGAGGAAAUAAAAAAUGAUAUUUUCCAAAUAACAGGGCAUAUUGCAAAAGCCUUCAAUCAUACCAACAUUGCUCUUAUCCCUAAAGUCCCUUUAGCAGAUCUGGUCAGUCAAUAUAGACCCAUAGGACUAUGUAACUUCAUUUACAAAAUCCUUUCUAAAACUCUAGCUAACAGGUUAAAACCCUUUAUGAACAAUAUCAUAUCCCAAAAUCAAAGUGCUUUCAUACCAAAUAGAAGUAUUUCUGAUAAUAUUCUUCUAGAAAAUGAAGCCAUAUAUUCUGUCAAUCAUAAUGACAAAGUUGAGGGUACUGCUGUUAUCAAACUUGACAUGUCCAAAGCUUAUGAUAAACUGGAGUGGUCUUUUCUUGAAAAAGUUUUGAGAAAAAUGGGGUUAGCUGAAAAUUGGAUUAAACUCAUAAAUCAAUGUGUCUCUACUGUCUCAUAUUCUGUUCUUUUAAAAGGUAGCCCUACUGUUUUUUUCCAACCUGAAAAAGGUCUAAGAAAACUUCUCUGCUAUAAAAACUACCUCCAAAAGUACUGCCUUGCUUCUGGGCAAGAAAUUAAUUUUGAUAAGUCUGAUAUUCUAUUCAGUAGAAGAAUCCCCGAGCAUAGGAAAGCCCUUUUGGCUAAUAUUCUGGAGAUUCAAAGCAGAGAUUUGAGAGAAAAAUAUCUUGGGACUCCUACUAUGGGGGCUUUCUUAAUCCCAAAACAUCUUUGCAGACAGAUGGAUGCUCACCUCUGCAAAUUCUGGUGGGGAGAGACUCUGGAACCAAAAGAUAGGAAACUUCACCUUUUGGGUUGGGAUAUUCUCUGCUCACCUAAAUCUGAAGGUGGUUUGGGAUUCAGAAAAGUUGAAAUACAUAAUCUUGCUAUGUUAGCUAGAGAUGUCUGGAAAAUUAUUGAAAAUCCUGAUUGCAUGUUAGCCAAGAUUUUAAAAACUAGAUAUUUCCCUAGAAUUGACUUUCUGAAUGCUAAGUGUCCUGACAAGUGUUCUUGGACCUGGAAAUGCUUACAUGCUAUUAAGGAGUUGAUAAAACCUUUUAUCUCCUGGAUUGUUGGUGAUGGAAAGUUCAUUGAUCCCUGGUGCAAGGAUCCCCAUGAAAACAUAAUGCAUACUCUGGUUCUGUGCCCUUUUGCUUAUAAGGUCUGGGCUAAAGUUAUGCUUCUCAUUAGGAAAAAUGCCAAUGUAGCUACUCUUACUACCCAUAUUGCUCUAAGUCAUAAAUGGAUGCCCCAUUUGUUUGGAUGGAUAAUAUGUAAUACUGAUGGAGCCUUUGAUGACAUUACUGGAGAGAAUGGUGCAGGUUAUGUGAUGAGAGACUUUUCAAGCAAAGCCUCUUUCUGUGCUGCAAUGGUGUUUGAAGUUUCAUCUGCAGAAGAAGCGGAAGCCAGAGCUAUAUGGGGAGUUCUUAAGAAAGCAGUGGAACAGAAGAUGACUCAUAUAAUCAUAGAAAGUGAUGCUAAAAAGUUGGUGGAACAAUUGUCUUUUGGUUAUUUUGAUGGUGAUCCUAGGACAGAUGCCAUUUUUAAAGACAUUAAGUUGUUUUCUUCUAAGCUGUCUGCUUGUAUCUUUAGUUUUCAACCUAGAAUCUGUAACUUUGUCGCUCAUGAGUUAGCUCAAUGGGCAAAACGUAAGAAAUCCACUAUGUACUGGUAUGUGCUUCCUUCUUGGCUUGCUCCAACAGUUGAGGGGGAUUAUUAG